CCGACCUCUCUGCUGACCAUGCGACCUCGUAUCAUCAUCCUCCUUUCCUCUUGCUGCCUGCUCACAAUCUACAGUUCAGUUCUUAGCCUCGCUCUUGUCAGCCUACCCCUUUGCGUAUCCGCGAAACAACCAGACGAAACCGACAUCUAGACCGCCGCACAGCCAUGCCCACCGACUUACCCUACGCAGCGGACGCUCAAGAGAGCCUCGCGUACGAUGAACUCGAGGUAUUGAGGACGCAAUACCAAAAGGAACAGGAACAGCAACACGUGUCCACGCAGACCAAGUUCAAUUAUGCAUGGGGAAUGGUGAAAUCGCCCAAGCGGGAACUACAAACAGAAGGGAUCAAGCUGUUACAAGAGAUUUACCAGACAGCUCCUGAAUACCGGAGAGAAUGUUCGUAUUACAUCGCCUUGGGGUAUUACAAGCUCGGGAACUACGGGAUGGCCAGAAAGUUUAACGACCUACUGCUCCACGUCGAACCGAGUAAUCGUCAAGCACAGAGCUUGAAAGGUCUGAUAGACGCUGCAGAGACGAAAGAAGGAUAUAUCGGGAUCGGGCUUGUUGCUGGUGCAGCGGCUGUAGGGGGGAUCCUCAUCGCCGGAUUGCUCAAGCGACGGAGGUAGGCGAGGGUAUGCAUACUCAGGCAACCCCACAGUCAGACGGCCGGAUCACGCAAGGGAGAGGAAGAGAGAGGCUGGCUGGUAGAUUGGGUUCCGGACAUCUUAUCUGGACAAGGUGGUAAUAGGCGGCUCAACGGGGUGAUGAGUCAGGGUGGAUCGGCGACAGAGGGAGAGACGGGAAGGUAUUCUUGUACAUGAAUCCGGAUUCGAUCUAAUAGCAACAGAUAAUAGCAGUAGCAGCUUCGUAGUGAUCAUAUUAUACACAUACAAUACCACAGUACAGUGUGCAUGA